AUGGAGAAGAAAAUAAGGAAGAUGACAAGAGCAGAUAAUAUUAUGAUACUGGGAGACUUCAACUACCCUCACAUUUCAUUUGUGUUUUUGUGUUUUUCUAUAGCAGAGGCAAAAACCUGUCGCCGACCUAAUAAUAUUCUCAAUGGAUUUAUAGCCAACAGAGGCACAGGUCCAUAUUUCCAUGGUGCUUCAGUGAGAUAUGAAUGUGCUGAAGGUUUUGCAGUUGUUGGGACCAAUCCAGCCAAGUGUCUCCAUGGGAAGUGGGACUUACCUUCAUGUGCCGAUGGUUGUGCACGUCCAAAGCUACCUAAGAAUACAAACCCUGCCCCUCUGAAAAAACGCUAUAACAACAAUGAAGUUGUAACCUACAGCUGUGGUUCCAGCCAGCAUAGAUCAAAAUGUGUUAAUGGAAACUGGUCACCCAAGCCAGAUUGCAGAGAACUCUGCCCGCCUCCACCUCAGCCUCCAAAUGCCAUUGAAAUAAUUGAAGUGAAAAAUUAUGAAAAUGGAGAAAAGGUACGAUUUACAUGUAAGGAACAUUUCAUGCUUGAAGGGCCAGAAGAAAUAGUGUGUGAAGAUGGAAAGUGGAAAACCCCACCACGCUGUAUUGACGCGAGCUGUGGAAAUCCCCCUCCAAUUGUCAAUGGUGGUGCAGUGAAUGGUACUCAGGGAAAGUAUCUACCUGGAACAAAAGUAGAAUAUCAUUGCGAUGAAGGUUUUGGCAUUAGCGGAAUAAGUUUUUCAACAUGCAGAAAUAGGAGCUGGACCCCAAUACCAAAUUGCCAAGAAAACCCAUGUGACUCUCCCCCACAAAUCUUUGAUGCGUCACUUCAUGAGCUAGAGAAAAAAAGCUAUCAUCCCGGAGAAACAGUGCAUUAUAUGUGCCAUCCCGGAUUUGUUGCUACUGGGCCCCUCAAUGUGACAUGCAGAAAAGGAGAAUGGACGGAACCUCCUAACUGUGAAGAUGCAGCCUGCGGAGAUCCACCUACAGUUACCUAUGCUGAUAUUAUAAGUGGCAGAAGAGACAUUUACAGGCCAGACCACCAAGUGCAGUAUCGAUGCCGUAAAGGAUUUGAAAUAUCUGGAUCAGACAAUGUGACAUGUGGAAUUAGGGUAUGGUCAGAGCCACCCACAUGUAAAGAUGUCACAUGUCCUCCCCCAAGUGAGAUUGACCAUGGUGAAAUUACUGGGCAACUAAAGGAAAGGUACAUGCCUUAUGACACAGUACAUUAUCGGUGUGAAACAGGCUGGAAUCUUUCUGGACCACUGGAAGUAACAUGCUUGAAAAAGAAAUGGACAAAACUACCAAGAUGCGUAGAUGCUGCCGGGAACUGUGGUCGACCUCCUGCUAUUCAAAAUGGAGAUAUCCUUGACACCAUUAGGGCAUUCUAUCCACGGGGCACAAGAUUACAAUACAAAUGCCAAAACCUGUAUAGAAUGAAUGGAUCUUCUGAAGUACGUUGUGAAAACGGUCUUUGGACAGAACCUCCAACAUGCAUAGAGGCUUGUACAGUGAGUGAAGAAGAUAUGGCACGUAACCAUAUACAAUUGAAGUGGAGAAGUGAUGCAAAAUUAUAUUCAGAAUCUGGAGAUAUGAUGGAAUUUACGUGUAACUGGGGCUAUAGAAAGGAUCCACUUUCCCCACCCUUCAGAGUACAAUGCAUAGAAGGCAGGGUGGUAUAUCCAAGAUGUAUUCAUAAUUAAAAGGAA